UGUUUUUCUGACUGAUUCUCUCUGCCUACCACUCCUCAGACUGACAAUGUCUGAAGCCCAGCUGUGUGUAUCACAGGAUGAGUUCACCUGCUCGGUGUGUCUGGACACCCUGACUGACCCCGUCACCAUCCCCUGUGGACAUAAUUUCUGUCUGAAGUGCCUCACGGACUACUGGGAUCACAGCCAAGAGUUCUUUUGUUCUCAGUGCAGAGAGAACUUCAGCACAAGGCCUGCUCUGCGAAGAAAUAAUCUGCUGAAUGAAGUCAUCAAGAAAUUAAAGAAGACAACAAUCAGUUCUCCUCUGUUUCAGAGUUAUGCCAGCCCUGGAGACGUGGAGUGUGACUUCUGUACUGGGAAGAGGUUCAGAGCGGUGAAGUCCUGUCUGACCUGCAUGGCCUCCUACUGUCAGACUCACCUGCAGCUUCACUAUGAAGUAGCAGCCCUGAAGCACCACAAGCUGGUUGAUCCUGACAGAAAUCUGAAGGAGAAACUCUGUGGGAAACAUCAGAAAAGUCUGGAGAUGUUUUGCAGAACUGAUGAGACGUGUAUCUGCACUAUGUGUGGAGUGACUGAACAUAACAGUCAUAAAAUGGUCGAGCUGGAGACGGAAAGAGAAGAAAAAGAGAAACAGCUGGGGGCGACACGGAGUGAAAUUAGGAAAAGACUUGAAGAGAAAGAGAAGAAACUGAAGGAGACGACGAGGACAGUGGAGGAGAUGAAGGUUUCUGUAGUAAGAGUGAUAGAGGAAUAUGAGAAGAGCUUCACUGCUCUGAUACGGUGCAUUGAGGAAGCCCACAAGAAACUGAAACAGAGGAUCAGAGAACAAGAAAAGAGAGAAACGAAGAAGGCUGAAGGAGUCAUGGAGCAACUGGAGAAAGAGAUUGAGGAGCUGAAGAGGAGAGAAGCUGAGCUGAAGGAACUUUCAGAAACCAAGGAUCAUCUCCACUUUCUGCAGACCUUCUCAUCUCACUGUGUCCUUCCUGCUGAUGGGCACUCGCUCAGCCUCACUGUCACUACUUAUUUCUCAUCUAAGGACCUGCUAAAUGAGAUGAAGAAGAAUCUGGAGAAGAUCAGCCAGCAGGUCAUCAUGACAAGUACUCCAUCAGGUCAUGAAGCUCCAAUCUUCACCCUACUGCCGCCUGAACAUCAGAGCAGAGAGGAGUUUUUACAAUACUUCUGCCCUCUCACAUUGGACAUCAACACGGCACACAGACAACUCCAUCUGUCUGAUGGCAACAAGAAGGUAACAUGUGAGUGGACAAAAGCCGAAUAUCUUGAUCAUCCUGACAGAUUUGAUUGCUGUACCCAAGUUCUGUGCAGAGAGGCUCUGACUGGAACUCGCUGUUACUGGAAAGUGGAGUGCAGUGGAUACUUCAUGAGGAUUGGAGUCGCAUAUAAAGGACUGGGCAGGAAAGGAUGGGGUGUGGAGAGCAGCCUUGGAUACAACAACAAGUCCUGGUGUUUGCUGUGUUUUAAUUCCCAGUACUCUGUGCGUCACAAUAACCAGGAGACUGAAAUCAGCGCCCCCUACAGCCCCAGAAUAGGUGUGUAUCUGGACUGGCCUGCUGGCUCUCUGUCAUUUUAUAGCGUCUCACACACAAUGACCCUCCUGCACAGGUUCAACACCUCCUUCACUGAGCCCCUCUAUCCAGGGUUUUGGGUUAAUGAUUACUGUAGUGUCACAAUCAGACAUCUGACACCAGGUGACCACUGACCAGUACCCUCCACAGGUCAUUGAUGUCCCCACAAGUGCAGGUCCUUUUUGUGUUUGUAGACUGGGGUCAAAAGAAUUUAACAGGAUUCAGCACCUCUGUGACUGAAAUUGUGGAUGAGAAUGCGGGUCGAGUGCAGCUGUCAGGGUCUCCAUUAUUAUUGGGUUUAAGUAGCCAAUCAGGUGUGUGUGUCAUAAUGAGGGGUGGAGACACCUCAGUCUUACAAAUACCAGUCUGACCAGCAGGGGUCACUGUUGAUUCACAGCCACAUGUCCUUCAGGCUGACACCCCAACAACU